CAGAACAGUAUAUAUAUAUACAUAUAUAUAUAUACUAUAUAUGUAUACAAUAAGGUACAUUGAUAUUAUAUAAGUAAUGCAACAUGUUAAUGUGUGGCAGGGAAUGGAGGAGAAGGUACUUGGGUAUAGUGGCAGAGUGAGUCUGUACACAGUCUCGCUAAACCUUACUCAAUGGCUAAUUUGAUAUUUUCGACAUAAUGCUGUGUAGGAAAUAUUGUGUACCUACCGGCCACAUCAGCUGGUACAAACAAAACAAAUCUACUAUUUUAACUGAUGUGUCUUUGACAUCUCCUGCUUGACAGCCUGCCAGAGAGAUAAUAUGGUAAUACUGAACAACUUUGGUGAGGUGGCUGCUGUCAACUUGUGUGGUAUAACAUUUAUGUGGUAGGCCAGAAAAAUAAGGGAGAAAAAGUCAGAUAUAUUAAUAACAUACAUUAUUUCUGCUUUUCUAUCAUGAGGAAAAAGCUAUUUGUAAGAGCCUCUUAAGCAAUAUCAUAACAUAUAACUAUUACAAGCUAACCCUAUAUAACUUGCAAAUGAGAUACUGCAGGCUGUUUAAUAUACAAACAAUUAUCCUUUGAUGGAUUGGCAUGUGUAAUCAUGCCACAGCCUUCUAAACUCACAUGUAGUUUUACAUGUAUUUGCGAAAGCAUUUCGAGCUGUUAUUUCGCAACUAAGAUCAAACAAUGUGAGUGAAAAGUUUUUAUCCAUCAAAUAUUCCCCCUUUUCAGUUUAUGGCAUGAACUAGUAAUAAAUAUCACACAACAGCUUGUAGAUGUAGAUCCGGGUAUAGGCCUACUGAUAUCUGGGCUAUAUUUGUUGAUCAUCAUAUAGUCUCAUAUAUAUAAAACUGUUUUACCCUUUGAGCAAAACAGUCAAAAUGACUGUCUUUCUCUCAUAAUGUGUCAUACUUCUUAUGAUUAUAACGAUUAGAGUGUAUCAGAUGAUGUUGAUUACUUAAAACAUAAAGUGUAUAACAAUGAUGGCACGUUGUUAUUAUUAAUAGUUAUUAUCUUGAAGGCGUGCUAUCCAUGGCCUAAUUAUGGUAGUGUUUCUGUGAGUGUGUGCGUGUGUGUGUGUCCUGAUGGGGUCUCAUUAAUACUGAAUGUGGGAACUAGUUAAAUGGAUGUGAUUUCAUUUCCCCCCAUUGUGGUGCAUGAAUUUAUCUUCAACGUGCUCCGGCUGGCGUUGGAAGUAGUUCCGGUGGUUCAGCAGCGGAGCGGAGCGGAGAGAGAGGGACCCGGGAUCUUCGUGGCUGCGGAGCGCAAACGCGAAUAGCGGGUCUCGUCUGCUCGUCAUGACUGUCGAGUGACCACCGCAGCGGUCAGCGUGACGCCUGCAGAGCAGCGUGCGUGCAGCCCGAGUGACAGCGCCUCGGCACCGCUGGAGCUUUUUGUCUUCGAAGGGGGAUUUUUACUCUGCAGACGAGGCGUCUGGAGCUCCUGAACCCAGAGUACAACACACACACACACACAGAGAAAAUAUUUGAAUUGAGCCGAUUCACGUUUACCCGACGACGCAGCGGCCAUUGCAGUGGUCUAAAUGAAGAACUUGUGAGGAUGCACGAGGGAAGGAUUCUACCUUUCACUUCGGUGACUUCCCCAGAUGCUUUGGCCCAAAGAAAGAUGGAAAGGAACGGGAAGAACUUGAGCCAAGGCUGCUGCUCAGCGCCCAUUCAGUGAGCCCACGGGAGAUCCUCCAAACGCCACGUCGCCGAGCCUCUCGCCCUUCCCUUUUGACCCCUUCGACCUACGAGAGCCAUGACCUCCGAGCUGGAGAGUAGCCUGACCUCGAUGGACUGGCUCCCCCAGCUCAGCAUGAGGGCUGCCAUCCAGAAGGCCGAUGGCGGCCACCACCACGGACACCCCCAUCACGGCUACCAUCACGGGCACGGGCCUGGCAAGAAAGUUGUCCACCUGGACCCGGGAACAACGCUGGACCAGGAGGAAGCUGCACAGCACAGAGACGGCAAACCGCCCUACAGCUACGCCAGCCUGAUCACCUUUGCCAUCAACGGCUCGCCGCGCAAACGGAUGACCCUCAGUGAGAUCUACCAGUGGAUCUGUGACAACUUCCCCUACUACCGAGAGGCGGGCAGCGGCUGGAAGAAUUCUAUCCGACACAACCUGUCCUUGAACAAGUGUUUUCUCAAAGUGCCUCGCUCCAAGGAUGACCCUGGAAAAGGUUCGUACUGGGCCAUAGACGCCAAUCCUAAAGAAGACACAGUUCCCAGCAGGCCAAAGAAGAGGCCGCGCUCUGGAGAGAGGGCAUCAACUCCUUACAGCCUGGAGUCUGAGUCCCUGAGGAUGGACUGCAUUAUGUCCGGAGGGGCGUCCCCCACGCUGGCCAUCAAUGCUGUCACCAACAAGGUAGCGCUGUACAACUCCGAGGCAGAAGGCAGCGAGAGCCCUGGUAGUCUGGGCAGCCUGAGCAACAGCCUUUCAGAGCAGAGUUUGGCAUCCGUCAACCUGAACACCGGCGUCAGCAACGUACACAGCUACACACCCGUGAGUAGCCACUCAGAGCCUUCGUCCCAGUCGCUGAGCCUCCAGCAGCCUGCCCAGCCGCCGCCGCCUGCCCCUCCUCCCCCACAGCCCCAGUACGAUUUGCCCGUCCUGGAGUCCCGGGACAAGCAGCUCUGUUUCUCAGACUUCGAGGACCUCAGCUCUUCUUUCCGCAGUCUGUACAAGUGCGUCUUUGAGCAGUCCUUCUCACAGCAAGCAGGUCUGAUGGGUAUGCCGGGUGAAUCCAGCCAGCAGGCCCGGACCGCCUGCUCCUACCACUCUCCAGGUGUGGGAAACGGCGUAGGCCACCACCACCAACAAAACCACGGUGGGGCGACACACCACCCCCUCCACCCUCAGCAGCACCUCUCCCCUCACUCCACCCACAGCCAGCACCAAGCGCACGGUCAGCACGGCCAACACCAACAGCACCCUGCUCAUUCCCAGCAGCACCCGUCCCUCUCCCACCAGAGUCACACUGGACAAACCUGCCCCUCGACAGACUGGUACCCCAACCUUGACUGGCUGAAGGAGAGCUGCCGCAUUGCUACCAGCUACAACUGGACUGAUGUAGACCUCUCCCCGUUUCAAGUUGUUUUCAUCCUGAAUUCCUGCGACCGACGACGCCACUGUCCUGUUGAGACUCUGCCCACUGUUGAGACUCCGCCCACUCCUCCUCCCCACCGCCAUCUGCCUGAUGGAUCGUGGAGGUCUCCAUCGUGGAAUAUGCCUACUAUGAACUAUUCAUACACUCUGUCACAUUCAUUGAAUGUAUUUUAACUCUAAAUCUGUCCUUCUGUACACAUGACAUCUAUUGCAUCUGUCUAUCCUGGAGAGGGAUCCUCCUCUGUUGCUCUCCUGAAGGUUUCUUCCCUUUUUUUCCCCCUGAAGGGUUAUUUGGGAGUUUUUCCUGGUCCGAUGUGAGGUUUUGGGGCAGGGAUGUCUAUGUGUACAGAUUGUAAAGCACUCAGAGACAAAUUUGUAAUUUGUGAAAUUGGGCUAUACAAAUAAAUUGAAUUGAAAAAAAUGGAAUCUCUUCUGCUUUCGAGUUGCUGCGCAGGGCUACCAUUUUCACAAAGCUAGACCUGCGUAACGCCUAUCACUUAGUCCGGACACCCCCACUGGACAUUAUGAAUACCUGGUUAUGCCCUUCGGUCUGACUAAUGCCCCAGCUGUUUUCCAGGCCCUGGUGAAUGAUGUGCUUAGACAUGUUAAACAAGCUGGUGUUCGUCUACCUAGACGACAUUCUUAUUUUCUCGAGGUCACGAGAGGAGCACAUUCACCAUGUCCAAGCAGUGUUCAACGUCUUCUGAGGAAUUCUCUGUUCAUUAAGGCAGAGAAGUGUGAAUUCCACGCCUCUUCUGUCUCCUUCCUGGGUUACAUCGUGGGACAGGGGAUCGUGCAGAUGGACCCUGCCAAGGUGGAGGCAGUGACGUCCUGGCCCAUCCCUGACUCUCGUAAGCAGCUGCAACGAUUCCUGGGGUUCGCCAACUUCUAUCGGAGGUUUAUCCGCGGUUAUAGCACCGCAGCUGCCCCACUCACGGCCCUCACCUCAUCUAAGGUCCAGUUCCAGUGGUCACCCUCGGCUGAGGGUGCCUUCUAGGGACUUACGGCCCGGUUUACCUCUGCUCCUAUCCUCCAAGUUCCUGACCCCGAGCGACAGUUUGUAGUUGAGGUGGAUGCCUCCGAUGUGGGAGUGGGGGCCAUCCUAUCUCAGCGGGCUGCCAGAGACCAGAAGCUCCACCCAUGCGCCUUCUUCUCUAGGCGGCUCUCUCCUGCUGUGAGGAACUAUGAUGUUGGUAACCGAGAGCUGCUUGCCGUUAAGCUGGCCCUUGAGGAGUGGCGCCACUGGCUUGAGGGGACCAGUCUGCCAUUUUUGCGUUGGACUGAUCACAAGAAUCUAGAGUACAUUCAGUCCGCCAAGAGACUAAACUCUCGGCAAGCCAGAUGGUCUCUGUUUUUUUUAUACGGCUUAACUUUCACACUGUUACAGGCCUGGUACCCGUAACGUCAAGCCAGACGCCCUGUCCCGCCAGUUUGUGGACAAGGGGGACUCCACCCCUUGUGAUGACAACAUCCUUUCUUCCCCAGUCUUGGUGGCCGCUAUCACCUGGGAGGCAGAGGAUAGAGUCAAGGCUGCCCUGGAGGCCCAGCCCGGUCCGAGCUCCUGUCCCCCUAACCGUCUGUUCGUUUCCCAGACCCUGAGGUCGGAGGUCCUCCAGUGGGCCCAUAGCUCCAAGCUCACUUGCCAUCCUGGGAGCCAGCGUACUAAGGAUGCCUUGAAGCAGAGGUUCUGGUGGGUUACUCUGGAGAAGGACAUCCGGGAAUUCGUCAACGCCUGUCCUGUCUGCAACCGGCACAAACCUUCCCACCAGGCUCCCGCUGGUUUCCUGCAACCGCUGUCUGUGCCCCAUCGGCCCUGGUCUCACAUCUCCCUGGACUUUGUUACUGGUCUCCCACUGUCCAACAAACACACCGCCAUCCUAACAGUGGUAGAUCGGUUCAGCAAGAUGGCCCACUUUGUGCCCUUGCCCAAGCUCCCCUCGGCCAAGGAGACUGCGGAGCUGGUUCUGCUGCACGUCUUCCGGCUUCACGGUCUUCCCACAGACGUAGUCUCUGACCGGUUGUGGAAUUCCUGCUACCAACUACGCCACUGCCCUGUUGAGACUCCGCCCACUCCUCCUCUCUACCUCCAUCUGCCUGAUGGAUCUUGGAGGUCUCCAUCGUGGAAUAUGCCUACUAUGAACUAUUCAUACACUCUGUCACAUUCAUUGAAUGUAUUUUAACUCUAAAUCUGUCCUUCUGAACACAUAUUGCAUCUAUUGCACCUGUCCAUCCUGGAGAGGGAUCCUCCUCUGUUGCUCUCCUGAAGGUUUCUUCCAUUUUUUCCCCCUGAAUGGUUAUUUGGGAGUUUUUCCUGAUCCGAUGUGAGGUUUUGGGGCAGGGAUGUCUAUGUGUUCAGAUUGUAAAGCACUCCGAGACAAAUUUGUGAAAUUGGGCUAUACAAAUAAACUGAAUUGAAUUGAAUUGACCGGGCCCUCAGUUUACAUCCGUGUUCUGGAGGGAGUUCUGCACUUUAAUCAGGGCCACAGUCAGUCUGUCAUCUGGAUUCCACCCGCAGACUGAGCGCAAGAACCAGGAAAUGGAGACGGCCCUACGGUGUUACGGUUUAUCGAGGGAGGUCUUACCGACACAGUUCGCCGUCUGCUUUGUUCCCGCCGCCGUAGAAGAGGGCUACAGUAUUUGGUCGACUGGGAGGGCUACGGACCAGAGGCGAGAUGCUGGGUCCCAGCCCCACAUAUCCUGGAUCCAGCUCUCGGUAGAGAGUUUCACCGCAGCCACCCUGACCAGCCCUCCAAGGGCUCUGUGCCCACAAGGGCUACCAGGCCAGCCGCUGUUCCCUCCCUCCCUUCGGCAGCAUCAGACAUCGGGGAGGAGUCAGCUUCUGAUGAGGACAACUCACCCGCCGAUGAGGAGAGGGGGGAGAUGUCUGAGGAGUAUUAGUCCUCCCCCAGAUCCUCUCCGCCCACCCGGCGUGGCGAUUUUUGUUUUGGGACGUCAGGAGCUGUGCCUUUAGGGGGGAUUCUGUAACAGUUUAGCUCCAUACCUUCCUUUUUUAUUAGUUGUUUUCAUACGGUCUCACUAACUAUCAUGUCA